AUGGGCGAGCCGGGAGCAACCGCCCCUCAUCCUGUCCUAGUCGAAGCGAAGCCGUCGAUUCGAUCCGUCGUCCAUUCCGCCGUCAGCCGUGCCACCAACGACGACGACGACGACGACGACGACGACCACCACCACCUCCACCACCCGCAUGCGACAAGUUCACCGCCUCGCCAGCUUACCCUCGAGCACGGAAACGGCGGCGGCGGCGACGACGACGGCGGCGUUGCGGUCGCCCAGUCGUGCCCCGACAUGCCUUCCGAGACGGUAACCGAGGUCGAGAUCGACACCGAAGCGAACCUGCGUCGUCUCCAGCAAGCCCUCCCCGCGCCCGCCCCCGCCGGCGGCUUGCACGCGAGCUGGACACGGCCUGCGCAAUGGAACGCCGGCUCUCUCCAGCGACCCCUCCCGGCAUCCGGCGCCGACGUCUUGCGAUCGAGCUGGAAACGACCUACGCAGUGCGACGCCGGCUCUGUCCAGCAACCCCUCCCGGCAUCCGGACCCGAGGCGUUGGAUGAUGCGAGCCGGAAACGACCUGCGCCGUGCGACGCCGGCUCUCUCCAGCAACCCUCCCGUGCAUCCGGCUCCGAUGUCUUGGAGGCGAGCCGGAGACGACCUAGGCAGUGGAACGCCGGUGCCGAGCCCGAGCCGGCCCUCCUCCGACAGCCUGCGGUUCCGACCGAGUCUCGAUCGUCAAUCCUCGCUCCUCAACCCGCACACGGGCCUCAAACGCCGCCGCAGCAGGCUCGACGUCGACGGCCCCAACACGGCCGCCCUGAGCUCCAAGAAGCGCCGACUCCAGCUGAACACGGCCACGAGCCUGCUCUCUCACCCGCACUCGCGCCCAGCCUCGUAUCGGAUUGGCGGCCAGCCCGCCGCGGGCGUCGCCACCAGGUCGUCGCCGAGGCUCGAUCCGACGGGUCGACGCCGGGGGAGGAACGCCUCCUCCUUCCUUCGCUUCUCCGUCCUGAACCAGAUGCGAAAGAGGCUCGGCAUCAAGGUACCCGCCGACCUCCCAAGCGAUGCCCAUCCUCGUCCCGCCUCUUCCUGUCUCGGCGACCUUGUCGAACCCCUCUGGCCGCCUCCGAGGCCGGAGUCGACGCUGGAGCCGGAAAGCGUCCCCCUACCCUGGCCUGCUCCUUCAAGCCGGCGAUUCCGGACGACGGAGAAGGCGGAACAUCCGUCUUCCGUUCGGACGAGACGCUUCGCAUCGCUGCUGCCGAGAGACCAGUUGACCUCCUUGAAGCGACUGCUUCUCCCACGACCGCCCCCGCUGCAUCUGCCCACGGUGGAAAGCAACGCCCCGUUUCGGCCCUUGGACCAACCUCACUGUCGGCAGCCGAUCAAGACCUAUGCCGAGCCUUGUCAAGAAAGCCUCCCCUUUCCGCAACGUCACGACGAACCCCUUGGCGACCUGCAGGAGGACUCGGAACAAAAUCGCCAUAA